AUGGAGAGAGAAAAACAGAAGAAAACUCAAAAAAAUGUGUCUAAACAGUUGCAUACCAAAUCGAAUAAGAAUGAAACAGAUAAUAUUGAUGAACAUGUUCUAAAAAAAUAUGAUAUAAUAAAAAAAAUUGGAAAGGGAGCAUAUGGUAUAGUAUUCAAAGCACGGUGUAGAAAAUAUAAAAAAAUUGUAGCAGUAAAAAAAAUAUUUGGAGCAUUUCAAAAUUCUACAGAUGCUCAAAGAACAUUUCGAGAAAUCAUGUUUUUACAUCAAUUAAAUGGACAUGAUAAUAUAAUUAAACUAUUGGACGUAAUGAGAGCCAAAAAUGAUCAAGACAUUUAUUUGGUGUUUGAAUAUAUGGAAACAGAUUUACAUGAAGUUAUAAGAGCAGAUAUAUUAGAAGAAGUUCAUAAAAAAUAUAUAAUAUAUCAAUUGUUAAGAGCAUUGAAAUAUAUGCACUCAGGUUUAUUAUUGCAUAGAGAUAUUAAGCCAUCAAAUAUAUUAUUAAAUUCAGAAUGCCAUUUAAAAAUAUGUGAUUUUGGAUUGGCGCGAAGUAUAUCAACAGAAGUCAAUGAAAAUAAAAUACCAGUAUUAACAGAUUAUGUAGCAACACGUUGGUAUAGAGCUCCUGAUAUUUUAUUAGGAAGCACAAAUUAUACAGAAGGUGUCGAUAUGUGGUCGCUUGGGUGCAUUAUGGCCGAAUUAUUAUUAGGAAAGCCAUUAUUUAGAGGUAAUUCAACUAUGAACCAACUAGAAAAAAUUAUUGAAAUAGUUGGAAAACCAAAUAAAAAAGAUAUUGAAGAUAUAAAAUCACCAUAUGCUGAAACUAUUAUAUCUUCUUUUGCUGAUACUGGAAAAAAAAAAAAAAAAUUUUCAGAAAUUUUUCAUAAAGCAUCCCAAGAUUCUAUAGAUUUACUUGAAAAACUAUUACAAUUUAAUCCAACAAAAAGAAUAACAGCAGAAAUGGCGCUUAAACAUAAAUAUGUAGAAAACUUUCAUCUUUUAAUAGAGGAACCAAUUUGCAAACAUAUUAUUACAAUACCAGUUGAUGAAAGUACAAAAUAUAAAGUUGAUUUUUAUCGAAAUAUUAUAUAUUACAAUAUUUUAAAAAGGAAAAAAAUUUUUAUUCACAGAGAGCAUUGCCCAGAUGUUCAAAUUAAUAAUUCUAGAAAUGAAACAAUAAAAGAAAAUUUGUUAGAAUCACAAAUUAGUAAUGAUGUAAAGACAGAUGUACCAAUAGAUGGUGAAAAAAUAGUUGAAUAUGUAAUUCAAAAAGAAGAUAAUUAUGAUAUGCAUCAAAUUGAUUCAAAAAAAAAACGAGGAAAAAAAAAACGACAUUUUAUAUCUAAUUCCCCAAAUACACCAAAUGCAAACCUAGGGACAUAUCAAAAAUAUGAAACGAAUUGCAGAGAAAACAGCUCACAAUAUUUUGUGGAAAAAAAAGGAGAUCUGAAUAUAUAUCAAGGGAACAAAGAAAAAGGAAAUAAUGCAAAAAAAAAAUUAAAAAAUAAAAUAAAAUCGAAACAAAAAACAUUAACCAUAAAAAAUUCUGAAAAAACAAAUACAGUAAAUUGCUAUGAUAAAUCAGAAGUUUUAUACGACAAAAAUGAAAAGUAUUAUUAUGAGCAUACAGGUGAAAAUAAUAAUAAUGUAAAUGAAAGAACUGAACAAAAUGACUAUUAUAAAAAUAUAGUUAAUCCAGAUAUUGAAGCUCAGUAUCGAAAUACAAUGUCUAUACAUAAUUAUAACCCUGAUCAAGAUUUUAGUAAACAUUAUUUUUAUAAACAAAAGAAAAAAUAUUGA